AUGGCAAUUCCGGAAGAGCCUGCUGACGUUCAUCCAAUCGAGGAAGAUUUACCGCACGCUGAGGUCCCGGUCACCGAUAUAAAGGAAGAUCCUCUAGACCUCCAAUUUAUCGAGAACCAACUCAUUUAUAGUUCGCCAACAUCAAACCUUCCCACAGGCAACCACCUUCAAGCUCCUGUUGAACCAGCUCUCAAACAACCGCAGGACUUCCUCUUCCUCGAGGUCGACGGAGAAGAUCUACAGGUAGAUCUAGAUUUCAUGCAAGGUGCUGCUGCGCCCGAUAUUUCCACCCCAUUGCAUCCAUACGAAUGCCAUACAGAGAUCGAUGCCAUGACUCUUUCAGCGCGCCAGAAAGUUGACGAAGGCAGCACCCAUCUUAUCUCCGCUGCCCCCUACAAAGCCCCAAAAGUCAUCGACAUCCAAAAGCUCGAGCUAUUCGCCGCCCAGCGCACCAUAGGCAUACUCCUACGCAUCACCUACUUCGGCGCCGACCCUAACAAGCUCGUCAGCUACAGCCGCACCCAGUGCACCCACUGGCCCGUGCUCCUGCAACGGGGGCGCAUCAUGGGUGAGCUCUGCGCCCUCAACCACAUCUACAAAGCCUACAACCAGGCACAAGUUCCGGCCGCCAGCACAUAG